UCCACUUGGGGAGGAGAGCAACCAAGAAGGUUAGAACUUGGAGUUGGUUGAUGUUCAUCGUGAAUUCUUUGGGUGGCUCGAGUAUCUGAAAAUGUGGGGUUAUAUGAAUCAUCAUGUUGUCCAUGGUCUUAUGCGAUAACUUGAUUCUUGCUAACAACAACAGCAAGCGCACCUUUUUCUCCCACAAAAUUGGUUCGGCCGGUCAGGGUCAGGGUCAGGGUCAAGCUCAAGUUCAAGUUCAAGUUGGUCGAGGCCGGAGGUGCAGUGGGUUCGUCGCCAAUGCCGGAAAAAGAAACCGGAAAUGGUGGCAGAGCUUCUUCUUCGACGAGGAUGGGAAUUGGCUUGGUUUGAAGGACGACGACAUGUUGGCGGCGGAGGAGGGGGACGAUAACAAUUCCUACUCGUCGGAAGCUGAGAAAUUUGAGGCGUGGAAGACGAGGGCGGAAGCAAUCGUGGAUUUGAGGGAAGCACAGCAAGAUAUGAGCAAUGAGGAAAAUCGCAAGUGGGAGGAUUGGCUUGCCGCCGAUUCCUCCAAUUCCAAUUCCUCAUGGGAACCUGUGCAUUCUGACGACACUCCUACCGAAACCGAAGCCGAAAAGGGUGUGCUUUACUCUCUCACCGACUCUCUUCUUGGGAGGGAAGAUGAUGACCUGCUCUAUGAAGACCGUGUGUUCCGUUACGCCUCACUCAAUUCGGCUAAAUUUUUGGCGGUAUUAAUAAUUAUACCCUGCGCCUUGGAUUUUGUGGUUCACGACUAUGUUUUGAUGCCUUUUCUCGAUAGAUAUGUGAAGACUGUGCCACUUGCAGCAGAAAUGCUGGAUGUCAGACGAAAUCAGAAGCUUCAAAUGGUUGAUGAAUUAAAACUUGAGAGAGCAAGAUUUCAGCUCGAAAUGGAGAUCGGUAAAUCUCCCCCACUCUCUGAUGAGGAGGUCUGGUGGGAGUUGCGUCAUAAAGCAUUAGAGCUGAGAGAUGAAUGGAGAUAUGAAAAUCGAAGAGCAUUUGCCAACAUAUGGUCAGAUAUGUUAUUUGGGAUCUCAUUAUUCAUUCUUUUGUACUGCAACCAGAGUAAAGUAGCUUUGCUGAAAUUUACAGGCUACAAGAUAAUAAAUAAUAUUUCAGAUACUGGGAAGGCAUUUCUAAUUAUACUCAUUACAGAUAUUUUUUUAGGGUAUCAUUCUGAGUCUGGUUGGCAGACUUUGUUAGAGAUUUUUGUUGAGCAUUAUGGGCUUCAGAUUGAUCAAUCAGCUAUAACCAUUUUCAUCUGCUUGAUUCCAGUUAUCAUUGACGCAUGCGUGAAACUUUGGCUGUUUAAGUUCCUUCCAAGAUUAUCGCCAAAGGUGGCAAAUAUAUUCCGGGAGAUGCAGCGUCACUAGUAAAGUCGUCUCAGGAUAUCACCGGCUUCUGAUAGAAUUCUCUGAAAGCUAGCAUGCCAUUAAGGUUACUUCGUUUUAUAUAUAGUUUCUGUUACUGUAUAGAGGUUUAUCUGGUUUUGUAAAUGUAAUUGAAAAAUAUGGAUGUUGGUGAAUAUUCUGCGAGCUCAUAGGACAUUGUAAUUCGUUGGGAUGCCUAUCAUUCCCAUAAGUGUAUUGUCAAAACUAAAAGAUCCAUACGAUCAAAUUUGAGGGAGGGGUGACAUAGGCAAAAGAGAAGGUCGAGGAGGUUAGGAUUGGGGGAUUUUUGCCUUAAUCUCAUACUUCGAAUUUUGGUCAUUGAGCUCAUUUCUUAGCAAAGGGAAACUUUUUGUUGAAAUGAACUGGACUGUUGUCAGGGUAAUCUUUGU